AUGUCGAGCAACACUGUUGAUAAGUGGCUGGAUGCAUUGCGUUUCGAGAAUUACCGCCUCCAAUUUAGGCCUCACCCAAUUGACGCCGAGGAGAUAAGAUCACAAAUCCAGGCGCUCGAAGCUCGGCCCGUAGCCACAAUUGCCCACGGCGACUUUGACACUCUACUCCACAAACUGGACAGCCUGAAGGAAGACCUGGCCUCCGUCGAACAGACGAUCGAGCUCCUCUCACAGAUUAGGGAGUUAAGAGGACAGAUCCGCGAAAAGGGUUUUCUCGAGUACGACGUAGAUCAGGCCGGAGAGGUGAUCGAUAAUCUUCAUUUCCGGUCCGAGAAGAACAAGAUGGAUCAGAGGCAACGACAGUGGCGACAUCUGGCUUCUCUAAGGCGAGUUUGGCCGGAGGCCGAUGCCGCGAGGAGGAAAGGCAUUGUGCAGCUGUUGGGGACGUAUAGUAAAAGGAGAUUCGUCUGCGGCGCGACGAAUCUUCGGAUUGGUACCGUGACGAGGAUUGGCAGAUGGGCGAGCAGAAUGUGUAAAAAGUAUUGA